AUGUCACUGGGGGAAACCAUCUGCCUGGAUCGCAGUAGCCUAGCGCAGCUAGAGAACCUGUGCAAGCAGCUCUACGAGACCACGGACACCGCGACACGGCUGCAGGCAGAGAAAGCCUUGGUUGAGUUCACCAACAGCCCGGACUGCCUGAGCAAGUGCCAGCUGCUUCUAGAAAGAGGGAGUUCAUCCUACUCCCAGUUAUUGGCAGCUACAUGCCUUACAAAACUCGUGUCACGCACAAACAACCCUUUACCGUUGGAACAACGAAUAGAUAUUCGGAAUUAUGUGCUCAACUACCUUGCCACUAGGCCAAAGUUGGCGACGUUUGUCACGCAAGCACUAAUCCAGUUAUAUGCCAGGAUCACCAAGUUGGGCUGGUUUGACUGUCAGAAGGACGAAUAUGUCUUCAGGAACGUGAUCACAGAUGUCACAAGGUUUUUACAGGAUAGUGUAGAGCACUGCAUCAUAGGAGUGACAAUCCUGUCCCAACUAACUAAUGAAAUUAAUCAAGCGGACACCACUCACCCACUGACCAAGCACAGGAAAAUAGCCUCUUCCUUCCGAGAUUCAUCCUUGUUUGAUAUUUUCACGCUGUCAUGCAAUUUACUGAAACAGGCGUCUGGGAAGAACCUGAACCUGAACGAUGAAAGCCAGCACGGUCUGCUCAUGCAGCUCCUCAAGCUCACGCAUAACUGCCUGAACUUCGAUUUCAUCGGCACGUCAACAGACGAGUCCUCAGAUGAUCUUUGCACUGUGCAGAUCCCAACCAGCUGGAGAUCAGCAUUCUUGGAUUCUUCGACCCUUCAGUUGUUUUUUGAUCUUUAUCAUUCCAUCCCUCCUUCGUUUUCUCCUUUGGUUUUAUCCUGCUUGGUGCAGAUAGCCUCAGUACGCAGAUCCCUCUUCAACAACGCGGAACGGGCAAAGUUUUUGUCUCAUCUCGUCGAUGGAGUUAAGCGAAUACUGGAAAACCCACAGAGUUUGUCAGACCCAAAUAACUACCAUGAGUUCUGCCGAUUGCUGGCCCGGUUGAAAAGCAAUUACCAAUUGGGAGAACUGGUGAAGGUGGAGAACUACCCCGAGGUCAUCCGACUCAUCGCCAACUUCACCGUGACCAGCCUGCAGCACUGGGAGUUUGCGCCGAACAGCGUGCACUAUCUCCUCAGCUUGUGGCAGCGCCUGGCUGCGUCGGUGCCCUACGUGAAAGCCACCGAGCCGCACAUGCUCGAAACCUACACGCCAGAGGUCACGAAAGCUUACAUCACCUCCAGGCUGGAAUCCGUGCACAUCAUCCUGAGGGAUGGUCUGGAGGAUCCCCUGGAUGACACUGGCCUUGUGCAACAGCAGCUGGAUCAGCUGUCCACCAUCGGCCGGUGCGAGUACGAGAAGACCUGCGCUCUGCUUGUGCAGCUCUUCGACCAGUCGGCCCAGUCCUACCAGGAGCUGCUGCAGAGCGCCACCGCCAGCCCCAUGGACGUUGCUGUGCAGGAAGGGCGCCUGACCUGGCUCGUCUAUAUUAUCGGGGCGGUGAUCGGUGGUAGGGUCUCGUUCGCCAGCACGGAUGAGCAGGACGCGAUGGAUGGCGAGUUGGUUUGUCGAGUACUGCAGCUGAUGAACCUGACGGACUCUCGGCUGGCGCAGGCCGGGAAUGAGAAGCUGGAGCUCGCCAUGCUGAGCUUCUUUGAGCAGUUCCGGAAGAUCUAUAUUGGAGAUCAGGUGCAGAAGUCUUCCAAGCUGUACCGCCGGCUCUCGGAGGUCCUGGGGCUGAACGAUGAGACCAUGGUCCUGAGCGUCUUCAUAGGAAAAAUCAUCACCAACUUGAAGUACUGGGGUCGCUGCGAGCCCAUCACCUCCAAGACGCUCCAGCUGCUCAACGACCUCUCCAUCGGGUACAGCAGCGUCCGGAAGCUGGUGAAACUGAGCGCCGUACAGUUCAUGCUGAACAAUCACACGAGCGAGCACUUUUCCUUCCUGGGCAUUAACAAUCAGUCCAACCUGACUGACAUGAGGUGUCGGACUACGUUCUACACUGCACUGGGGCGGCUCCUCAUGGUGGAUUUAGGGGAGGAUGAGGAUCAGUAUGAGCAGUUCAUGCUCCCCCUCACAGCUGCCUUUGAGACGGUGGCCCAGAUGUUCAGCACAAAUACCUUCAAUGAACAAGAGGCAAAAAGAACUUUGGUUGGUUUGGUGAGAGACUUGAGGGGAAUAGCGUUUGCCUUCAAUGCCAAGACCAGCUUCAUGAUGCUGUUUGAGUGGAUCUACCCAUCCUACAUGCCAAUCCUCCAGCGCGCGAUCGAGCUCUGGUACCACGACCCAGCCUGCACUACGCCCGUCCUCAAACUGAUGGCCGAGCUGGUACACAACAGAUCCCAGCGGCUGCAAACGAGUAAAAUGAUAACCACGUAUGGAAAUCGUAUCCUAACGCUUGGGGAGGUCCCAAAGGAUCAAGUCUAUGCCUUGAAGCUCAAGGGGAUUUCCAUCUGCUUCUCUAUGCUGAAGGCUGCGCUGAGCGGGAGCUACGUCAACUUCGGGGUGUUCCGUCUGUACGGGGACGACGCGCUGGACAACGCCCUGCAAACCUUCAUCAAGCUCCUGCUCUCCAUCCCUCACAGCGACCUCCUGGAUUAUCCCAAGCUCAGCCAGUCGUACUAUUCCUUGCUGGAAGUUCUUACCCAGGACCACAUGAACUUUAUAGCCAGUCUGGAGCCUCAUGUAAUCAUGUAUAUUCUCUCUUCCAUUUCCGAAGGCCUCACUGCACUAGACACCAUGGUUUGCACGGGCUGCUGCUCCUGUCUGGACCACAUCGUCACCUAUCUCUUCAAGCAACUGUCCCGCAGCACCAAGAAGAGAACCACCCCUCUGACCCAGGAGAGCGACCGCUUCCUGCACAUCAUGCAGCAGCACCCCGAGAUGAUUCAGCAG